UUCCGUCGCAGCCGAGAAGACAAGCGACGAGAAGCCGCUGGCAACGAAGCUACGAAGAAAACGGUCCCGGCUGCUAAUUAGUCUGCCCUCAGCGCAGUUCUGUUGUGCAUCUCCUGCCUGCUGCUGCAAAGCCUAGAGCUCUAACCGCGUGUACAAACCACAGAAGUCUGCGCCGCUGCAAUGUCGCUGCGCGGGAUCAAGAAGGCCGUCAUCCGCGCUCCGCACGUCCUCAUCGGCAGCAAGUCGCCCGAGGACCUGACCGUGAUCGAAUGGACAAAGGCGAUCAACGAGGCCGAGGACGGGAUGGGCGAGAUCAUCAGCAACGCAAAGAAGUUCCGGUCGGCGUGGAUCGACUCGCUGGCACACCAGGUCGGCAUGGCGAAGCAGUUUGUCGAGCUGUAUGAGCCGAUCCCGAUGGAGGACCCGACCAAGGUCGUGCGUGAGACGCCAAAGGCGACGCUGGAUGCUAUUAUCAAGUACAGGGAUGUCGUGGUCGAGAUCCAGAACGCGAUCGUGCCUAUGCUGGACGGCAUUGACCGGACCAUCAUCCAGCGCUGCGUGGUGAUGAAGGGCCAUAUCGAAACGAUCAAGAAAACUCUCAAAAGAGAGAACAUUGACUACGACCGACAUUCAAACUCCGUCGAGAAGUUGAACCGCAAGCAGACGCUGGGCGAUAAGGCCCAGCUGUCGCUUGACAAACAGAGCAAGGAGCUCGACAAGGCGUCUGAGGAUUUCAAAGCCCUCGACGAUUACAUCAAAGAAACCAUGCCAAAAGUCAUUGAGCAGCUCUCUGAGUUUAUCGCGCCUCUUGCGACCAUGCUGUUCAACAUCCAGAUCAGCGUCGUUAGUAUCUACAACGACUUCAUGUUUCCUUUUGCCCAAGGACAAGGUCUCGCUGAUCCCGAACACUCGGUAACGGAAGAGUGGACGAAACAAUUCAUCCCGAUCCAGCACAAAUGCGAAGAAGGCCUCGCCAUCAUCCGCACCGGCAAAGCCGUCAAGAAACCAAUGACGCAUCCGGACUCCAAACAUCUCGACGAGAAACUGAAGAAAGCAUUCACGCUCAACAACAAGAAGCGCCCGACCGGAACCGCAAAGGACGGGUCGUACCGCAACUUUAGCAGCAUGAACAGGACCGCGAGCAUGGGCAGAGUAGGCUCAGAUCUCGGGUCCGAGAGCGGGGCUGAGGCGGAUGGAUCGCCUGAUCCGUCGCGCGCGUUCUCGAUGUCGUCGCAUUCGUCAAAGUUUGCAAACUUCUCCGAGGCGUUGCCGCGGUAUAGCACCGUCGCUGUGCCUGCGGCCGGCACACCCCUUUCUGAAGGUGGCGACGCGGCGACCGAGGCUACUGCUGCUUUGAAGGAGAAGGAGGGGACGAACGGGUAUCACGCAGACGUGAAGGAGAAAUCCGAGCCCGCGGCAGCAAAUCUGGCCGGCUCGACUGGCGAGGACGAGCGCGGCAAGUACGAGAUUAUGACUGCGCAGUACACGUUUGUCGCGGUGCAGGACUCUGAUCUCUCGUUCAACGUCGGAGAUAAGAUCAAGGUCUACAAGCGAGACGAGGAUGAUUGGUGGGAGGGAGAGACGAUGGACGGACGCAAGGGCGAGUUCCCUGGGAACUAUGUCAAAUAACUGAGGCUUAUCUCUGUGUUUAAUUUUUGAUUCUGUAACUGCGUUCUUUUAAUUUUUGUUUAAUCUAAUGUUUGCUAUAUUUCUGAGUGUAGUAGGAUGUAUGAAAGAUGUAGUUUGAAGCAAUCAAGUGUAUCGUUAGUAGUCUGAAUAGCUACCGAUUUCGAGCAUCCAAGCAAAGUCACGGGAAUCACGAAAGUCACGGG